AUGCGUGGUAUAACUGAUAGGAUCGAUGCCCAGCGCCCAGGUAAAAAAUUUACAUGGGAAGAGCUAGCCAAGCACAAUACACGUGACGACGCCUAUGUUGCUGUUCGUGGAAAUGUCUAUGAUAUCACAAAUUUCAUAAAAAAUCAUCCGGGCGGUGAGGAUAUUUUGUUGUUUGCCGCAGGGAGAGAUGUUACUCAGGCAUUUGAGACAUACCACGAACUUGGGAAACCUGAUAUCAUCCUCAAAAAAUAUUUUAUUGGAACUCUUGUAUCUAAUGAAUUACCGACUUUCCCGGAACAAAGCGAAUUUCAUCGCACAUUAAAGAAGAGAGUCGAGGAAUAUUUUCGGAAAAAUGAAAUUGAUCCGAAGAACAGCCCAAGCAUUUGGAUUCGUUAUGUUAUUAUCUACG